CAGCGAGCCAGGCGUCUCGUGUCCUCUGCGGCUGAGAAGAUCACUAAAGAACUGUUUCUGUUGGCUGGUGUAUUUAUUUAUUUUUACUUCGUAUUCAGGAAGUGAGCUCAGAAGAGCGAUUUUUUUUUUUAAACACAGGACAAUGUUCUUGUCACAGUGCGUGCUACAGUAGAUCCAAGAAGUCUCUGUAUUUGGACGUCUCACUUGGAAAGACUCGGAGAACACUAUUGGAUUUUCUUUACACUGCCAGAUCAGCACUUAGUGGUGUGUGUGAGACAAGACACCACACACACAUUCAGCCCACCUCAGGCUUUGGGGUGGAGAUUCCACCAGUCAGUCAGGCUGAGGACAGCAAAGCAGCUUUAUCUUCCUGUACUGCUAUCAGGAGAGAGACAGAGCGAAGAGAGAGCGAGAGAGAGAGAGGGAGGGGUGACAACACAUUCCCAGCCUAUAAGGAACUUGCUCAAGCAGGAACACAUUCAUUCUGCCGGGAUCCACUCAUAUACACACACACGCUCAGUCUCUGCUUCUGAAGCUCUUGUCCGUCUCUCGCCGUGUUGUGCGCUGGGUGUUUGGAGCUGCGGCGUCCCAGCAGGAUGCACCUGGCGCUGCACUUGCACCGGCGGGUCACGCUCACCACCAUGCUGCCGUACUUCGUGGAGAACGCCGUGCUCACGCAGCAUGAGAUCUACCGCAUUCUGAGCGAGAGCUUUUUCAUGGUGAAGGGAGCUGCGUUGUUCCUGCAGCAGGGCAGCAGUGCACAGGGUCAGAAGACACACUCCCAUCACAAACAUGCAGGAGAUUUACCUCAACACCUACAAGUGAUGAUCAACAUUCUUCGCUCCGAGGACCGAAUCAAACUGGCGGUGCGGUUGGAGAGUGCUUGGUCAGAUCGUGUGCGCUACAUGGUGGUGGUUUACACCAGCGGCAGACAGGACACGGAGGAAAACAUUCUGCUGGGGAUGGACUUCAACAAUAAAGACAGUAAAAGCUGCUCUAUAGGGAUGGUUCUGCCUCUGUGGAGCGACACAAAGAUCCAUUUGGAUGGAGAUGGGGGUUUCAGCGUGACGACAGCGGGACGCACACACAUCUUUAAACCUGUGUCGGUUCAGGCUAUGUGGUCGGCUCUGCAGGUGCUGCACAAGGCGUGUGAGGUGUCGCGGCGAUAUAACUACUUCCCUGGAGGAAUUGCACUCACCUGGAUGGGCUACUAUGAGAGCUGCAUUUGCUCCGAACAGAGCUGCAUCAACGAGUGGAACGCCAUGCAGGACCUGGAGACGAUGCGGCCCGACUCGCCCGCCAUGUUCGGAGACAAGCCGACCGAGAGAGAGCGAACCGAAUGCCUCAUCAAAACCAAACUCAGGAGCAUCAUGAUGCUGCAGGACCUGGAGAAUGUGACAUCGAAGGAGAUCCGUACUGAGCUCGAGCAGCACAUGAACUGCAAUCUGAAGGAGUACAAAGAGUUCAUUGACAACGAGAUCCUGCUGAUCCUGGGUCAGAUGGAUAAAGCCACACUCAUAUUUGACCAUCUCUACCUGGGAUCUGAAUGGAACGCUUCCAAUCUAGAGGAGCUACAGGAGACAGGGGUGGGCUACAUUCUAAAUGUCACCCGGGAGAUCGACAACUUUUUCCCAGGGACUUUUUGUUACCACAACGUGCGCGUGUACGACGAAGAGACCACGGACCUGCUGGCUCACUGGAACGACACAUACAACUUCAUCGUUAGGGCUAAGAAGAACCAAUCCAAAUGUCUGGUCCACUGUAAAAUGGGUGUAAGCCGUUCAGCAUCCACAGUCAUAGCCUAUGCCAUGAAAGAGUAUGGCUGGACCCUGGAGAAGGCCUACAACUUCGUCAAACAGAAACGCAGCAUCACGCGGCCCAACGACAGCUUCAUGAGACAGCUGGCUGAAUACGAGGGCAUUCUGGACGCAAGCAAGCAACGUCACAAUCGGCUGUGGCAUCCAGACUCUGAGUGCGAUCAUCCUGACUGUCAACGCCCAACAGCACCCUGCUGCGCUGACUCCUCAUCCCCAGGGGCCGGUCCUUCCUGCUGUGAGGCUGCUGCCCACUCGUCACCCCUUGCUUUGGAACUUGACCCGUCCAACCCCCAAAACUCCAACUACUACUUCCGCCGUCUGUCAGACUCUGCACUGGACAGUGAACCGUCAACACCAGUGCGUAUGCCACCGCCUCUGCUGGAUGUGGAUCGCGUUUACAUUGAGAUAGAGGAUGUGGAGCGUGAUGCCCUGCUGGAUGAUGAGGCAUUUGAAACACCCCGCUUCACUGCACCUACCGGAGAGGGCACAGCAGCGCAAACUUGCAGUCGUGGUGCCGAACCUCUGGAGGAGCUGCGUCUGCGCCUUGAAUUCAGCACAGUAGAAGAGGAAGAUGAGGAGGAGGCAAAGAAAGAACAGGAGGAGAUGCAGGCACUGGCAGAAGGGGGGAGGAGAGAGAGAGAGGGAGGUAUAGGGGAGGAGAGUAGCACUGAUCUGGGUAACAUGAAUCACCUGUGCAACGAGAACUCCAACAACAACAACCACCUCAGAACACGAAACAGUCUUGCUGAGAGUAUCCUUAAAAAACAGGCACCUAAACCAAGAGCAGUAUCCAGCUCUCUCACAUCCCCCAGUACUCAAGUCUUGAAUGCCAAUGGACGUGGCCAUGCUCCCUUACCGCUCUGUGGUGUGCCUAGUGUCUCGGCUGAAGUGCCAGCUUGCACCAGCGUUGCAGUCAAUGCCAUCACACCUACGCGACUAUGGGCUUGUGGCCCAAGCUGCAAGUGCAGCAAGUGCAGCAAGACAGCUUCAGAUUUGUGCAUCACUUCAGCCGUCCAACCCUUGGUGAAUAAGGACAAGUCUGGAAGCCAGUCACAGAAAUCUGAUCUUCAGAAAACAAAGGAUACAGCAUUGGUGCAAGUGGUCAAAGAGACUGAAGGUUCACCUGGCAAGGACAAGGCAGAAGAGAGGGCACCAGGUCUACCUAGAGAGGGGAGCUCACAGCAACAGCAGGAGUCACUAGACCAGCUACAUCGAUCUGGCCUGGUCAGGCGGCGAGCUGAGAGGCUGGAGAAACUUUCAGGCUUGUUUCAGGAGCGUUUCCGUGAACAUGCAGGAGCUGCCGCACGAGACUCUGCUGAGACACCCGAGCGUCCUUCUGCAACCGCAGACACUUCAUCUGGAAUGGUUGGUACUCCAGCAGACUUUUGGACAUCCGUGCCGCCUGCAGUUGAAGACUCUGGAGCACUGACGCCAGUUUCAUCCCCACACGGCUCCACACUGACGCGCAGCUCGAGCAGUGACAGCAUCCGCAGCAUUCGUGGAAAGCCAGGUCUGGUGCGCCAACGGGCACAAGAGAUAGAGGCUAGGAUGCGCCUGGCUGGACUCACAGUGCCUUCCCGUCUAAAGCGCUCCAACUCAUUAGCCAAGCUCGGCAGUCUCACCUUCUCAACAGAGGACCUGUGCUCCUCAGCAUGCUCUUCUGAUGCUGGCACCCUUCUUCUUCUCACGCUCUCCCCAGAGCCGGAGGGUACUAUCAGUCCAGAUUGGGAUCGUGCCAAUCGCUGCUCUGCCUCUACAGCCAUGGAGCUCUUUAGUCCAGGAGCAAUGGGAACAACUGAGCCCAGGAGCUGACAGUAAGGGAGGGGGAUUUGUGCAAGAGGAUGUUGUACUUGGACAAAGAUUCUCUUCCUGAAAACCUUCUCUUAAAAGGGGAAGAUUGGCCAUCUGCAGACCAAUACCCAGGUUGGGCGUUAGGGUUUGCAGUAAAAAGAUCUCUUUAAUGGGUGGAUUGGAGAAGGCCUUGCUGAAGUUCCUGUAACUUAUGUGGAAGGACUAUGCCAAAUUAAAAUGUAGAGUUGGGGGAAAACAGGGUUUGCAACACAAAAACUGCUAUCCCAAAAGCCUUUCCUCUUAUUUGGGAGGAUUGACCAUCUACAAAUUGCAUCAAAGGGAACAACCCACUGAAGUUCUUAAGACUUGCAUGGAAGGACUGCACAAUAGAUGAACUAACAUAUAGAGCUGGGAAUGAACAGAAUGAAAAUGCUGUGAAUAUUAAAAGUAUGCUACUCAAGGAAAAAGGAUAUCCAAAUAUUUCGACAAGGCUCUUGUGGUUUUAAGGCUUUUGUAGCAUGGAACUGAAGCUGAAAAUGUGUGAUAAAAAACUACUUGUACACCGAGUGCUCUUCGGCCAAGCGUCCAAGGAUACCAUUGCUUUGGUUCCCCUUCCUGCUGAGCAGCCAUAUUUCACAAGAAAUUGCUACCUGUUGUCUGUUCGUCUACCCGUCUGGUUCGGUGUGAAUUCCAUCAUCCUGCUUACUCAUAUUUUGAUGACACUCUGGAUACUUCUGAACAGCAAAGGAAAAGGGAUUUCCAAAUCACUGCUGGUUACUUAGCGUGUGCUGAGAAGUUUCUAGAAUGUAAGAACACAAUUCUGUUUCAAUCUCUCUGCUGUUCACACCGCUCUGUAUAUCAGCAGAUGUUGCUGGAGAUACUUUGCUGUAUUUAGCUCUGGUCUGAAUUCCAUGGUUCAUUUUACCACUGAAUGUUAACACUGGGCACAUGAUGGCAGUAAGGACUCGUUUGAAAUAUUAUAUCGAAAACACUAAGAUGUGUUUGUGUCUGUGGGUUUUGGAGAAACAGUGGUUGAUAUUUUAUCUUAGACCCUCGUAGUGAUGAUUUCCUUGAAUGCUUUAGUAUGGAAGGUAUCGCUUUAGCACCUUAGGGACUUUUUCGGCAUCUGUCAAAACUGUGAUUCAAUGACAACGAUGCAUUUGGGGUCUGUGUAAAUCACUAUAUUCAUUUACCCCAGUUUGGGGUUAGAUGAUGAUGAAACUAAACCUGGUUGUCAUGUAACGUCCAGAGCUAUAUUUUCCAGCAGUAGAACUCUACAAGGGCAGCUCUCGUCAACCCUUAACUUGGCACACACUCAGUGUGUUCACAGGUCUACUGGGUUAUAGCACAAAAUAAAUAUCCUCUAAAACACGCCUACGACAAACCAGCAACGCAUAUCAGUGGAUGCUUAAAUAUCCUAUGAACAUAGCAUAAGAAUGCUUUUUGGAAUAUCAGCCCCAGACAAGGUACCUAAGCAAUCACAGUUACUCUGCGUUCACACUAGCAAGUAGGCAUCUGUUUGUUUUUGUCAAAGUUGUGAUUCCAGCAAUAAGAGACUUGGGACACACAACAUUUAAAUUUCUCAGUUUGGUAUUGCUGUGGUUAAACAACCAAGAAGAACUGGAGACAGUAACCCAAAUAUCGCAAAUUCUAUACUUUUACAGCUUCAGUUCCUGCAUGCAUUUAGUAUAGUUUGCAUUCCUCCGAUCCAAUUAAAAAUGUGAACUAAAAGUUGCCUCAGUUCUGUAUUAUUAUUGUAUUAAAAUAGGUUUUUAAAGACAAGGAACAUAAAGAUUUGUAUAAAUUUUACACUAGAGUGUUAACACUUUGGUUACUACCAUUUGCAAAGGAAUUAAACACAACCCGAUGCGUAGAUAAUUUUCCUAUCCCUAAAAUGUUUUAGUCCUUCCUUUUUCAUCCAUUUAUUGUUACAUACGUAAAACCUGCUGCAUUACAGCACGUAAUUCCCUAAUUUUAUGUUCAAGUUCAGAAAAAUUCUUAAAAGCGGUGACACUGGAGACAAAACUCCACCAUAUAAACACUUACUCUUUGUGAAAUAGCAACACUUUAUUGUUAGAUUUAGAUUGUGGUGUGUCUACCGUACAAGGUCCUGUGAAGGAGCUGUUACCAUGGAAACAAUAACGUACUAGUACCUUAAUAUAAACCUGUGAUUUGCCUUGCAGACAGAACUGCUGUCAGAGCUGCUGGUACAGAUUAAAUUAUACAUUAAAACAUUCUGACCGAUCAGAAGUAACAAUUCAACAGCAGUAUGGUAUAUGAGAACUU